AAUGAGAAAAGCUUAAGGAAUUCUUUUUCUCUGUUCUAAAAAGACCAUCCACAGCCACAGCAACAGUCCAUCCAAAAAUGGCGACGAUUGCUGCAGCUUCUACCUACACUGCCAUUUUUACUACUCAUUUACCUCUAUGCUCCACCGCUAAAACCGCCUCAUUUUGCCGCUUUGCCUUACCUUAUCUUCCACCUCGUGUUUCUGCUUCAGCUUUUUCUACUUCCUUCAAAUUUCCAGAAUCCAAAAGGUCUUCACUCCUCCAGGUUAAAGCCUCUUCAUCUGAAGAAUCUUCUAUUGAUACUAGUGAAUUCCUAACGGAGCUAAAAGAAAAGUGGGAUGCUAUUGAAGACAAGACAACAGUGCUACUUUACGGUGGUGGGGCAAUUGUUGCAGUUUGGCUAUCUUCAAUUCUUGUUGGUGCCAUCAACUCAGUUCCUCUGCUACCAAAAGUCUUGGAGUUGGUUGGACUUGGAUAUACUGGAUGGUUUGUCUACCGCUACCUUCUCUUCAAGUCAAGUAGAAAAGAAUUGGCGGAAGACAUUGAGGAAUUGAAGAAGAAGGUUGCAGGAACUGAAUAACUGCAUGUAAUUUGAUGUCAAAUUCACAAUGAACAAAUUCCAGUACCAAUGCAAAUCGGCUUUCAGUUUCAUGUACAAGAGGCAUAUGUUCAUGUGAAGUAAGAGUAGGUUUUGAUGUAAUUUUAUUUAUCUUAGCACAUCUUCAAAGAGGAUUCUAUGUUUCACUUUCAUUUGAUAGUGUUAUAAUUCAUAAUCUGUUUCUGCA